CAACUGUGCUCUGGGGACCUCAGUGUGCCCCUCCUCACAGCACAAACAGAUCCUUUUGGAAAUGGAUUUGGAGGAGACCUGCAAAGAGGGAGACAACACAGGGGGGAAAAUUACUCGAGCUGCAGCUGCCAAGUUGGUGAAAAAAGCUUUUCUUGAGGCCCUGAAGUCCAAUGACUUUGAAACACUGGAAGAGCUCUUGAGCCAAAAGAAAAUAGACGUGGACACAGUGUUUGAAGUGGAAGAUGAAAACCUGAUUCUGGCAUCCUACAAACAAGGAUACUGGCUUCCCAGCUACAAAUUAAAAAUAUCCUGGGCAACUGGACUUCAUCUAGCUGUCAUGUAUGGACAUCUGGAGAGCCUUUCAGUCCUCCUCAAUCACAAAGCUACAAUCAACUGCAGGCCCAAUGGAAAAGCUGCCAUCCACAUAGCCUGUGAAAUGGCAAAUGUUGAGUGUCUCAAGAUCCUGUGUAACCACGGAGCAAAGCUGAACUGCUUUUCCAUGAGCGGGCAGGCGCCGCUGCACUUCUGCACCACGCGCAGCUCCAUGCCCUGUGCCCAGCAGCUGCUGCGGAGAGGAGCAAAUGUGAACAUAAGAACAAACAACAAGGACGAGGAGACGCCCCUGCACGUCGUGGCACGUUUGGGAGUCCCAGAGCUCGUGGCCUUUUACGUGGAACAGGGAGCACAGGUGGAUGCUCUCAAUGCCUACAUGGAGACUCCCCUGGCCUGUGCAGCCUACUGGGCCCUUCACUACAAGGAUCAGAUAUACAGCCAGGACCACCACCUCAUCUGCCGGAUGCUCCUGGACUAUAAAGCUGAAGUGAAUGCUCGUGAUGAGGAUUUCAAAUCACCACUCCACAAAGCUGCCUGGAACUGUGAUCACGUCCUGCUGCACAUGCUGCUGGAGGCAGGGGCAGAAGCAAAUAUCAUGGAUGUCAAUGGCUGUGCACCCCUACAGUAUAUCAUAAAAGUGACAUCUGUGCGGCCAGCUGCUCAGCCUGACAUCUGCUACCAGCUGCUGCUGAACCAUGGAGCAGCCAGGAUAUACCCUCUGCAGUUCCACAAGGUGCUACAAGCCUGUCAUUCCCACCCCAGAGCUGUGGAGGUAGUGGUCAACUCCUAUGAACACAUCAACUCAACAUCUAAGUGGAAAGCAGCCAUACCUGAGGAUGUCUUGGAGCGGCACCAGGAUUUCUAUGACUCCUUGUUUGCUGUGUGCAGCAAUUCACCACGGUCACUGAUGCACUUAUGCAGAUGUGCCAUUCGGGCAGCACUGUCUGGGAGGUGCCAUCGAGAAGUCCCCUUGCUCUCCAUCCCUCUGUCCAUGAAGAAGUACUUGCUGCUGGAACCAGAAGGAAUCAUCUACUGAGCUGCCCCAGAGCAGGCACUGGUGCCUCCCUUCCAGGAUCCAUGUACCUCUGAGGGGUGCCAGAGAUCCAGGCACUGUCCUGGCACAGCCCUGUGCAUGUGUCCAUUGCCAGCCUGCAAGCUGGGCUGGCAUUUACUGCCUCUCCUUGGAGCUGCUCUCUUUCCCUGCUCUGAGAAACCACAGCUGCAGUUUGCACUGGGGAGACAGAGCCUGAAAUCUGCUCCAAACACACUGCUUUGUUCAGCCUGGCUUAAACCAUGCUGCUGCUUUCUUCAGUGCCUGCUAGACAGCAUUAGAUUAAAUCUGAGCAACCUUUCAUAUUCUUUCACUAUGAUUUUCUUCAGCUGUCAUUUUGGGAAUAAAAGAAAGGACACUGUCAAAAAAUAAGUCAGAGAAAUGCUUUCCCAGGAUGAAACAGGCAAACUGCUUUGGACUGUGACCACAGACAGGCCUUCAGUACCUUCUGUUUUCCUGUGCCCUGACUCUCAAUUCAGUGUGAGUUCACUGUGCACUACCUGUCUGUAUCUUAUAAAGCUUUGUCAUAAUUAUCCUUUUUAUUAUAAUAACUUUUUUCCUUUAUCAACCACAGUAUGUAAACAAGAUAGAAACAUGCAGCCUUGAAAUUUUUGUUUGUUGAUACUCAAGCCUGGGUAGUUUUUAGCACAUAAUGUCUCUGUUUCCACCCUCACUGUGACCAGUGGCAAAAUUAAUAUCCCAGUGUCAAGAAAGGCAGGUAAAAAACACUUGCCCCUAUAUUUGUACCCAUCCCUAAUAUCUCUCAAAAUUAUGUUGGAUGUGAUCUGGGAAGCACAUGACCUUUCUCCAUUGACUAUAAAAUGAACCUAGCCUGCUAGCAUGGACUGUACACCUCAUUUUUGGUAGCCUAGGUGCAGGUGAGAGGAAUCCCACAUUAACCAAAAGGUUAACCAAGAUAAAGAUGUGUUGGCUGUGCUGUUACAGAACUACCAGACCCCUUGAUUUAUAAUUCCUGUGCUUUUGGACCUGCUAGCACUGGUUUCCUUUAUUCCAAGCUACUUUCUCCAGUCCAGGAGGAUGAAAUGCAGAACAGUAGCAGCUCACACAGCAAGAACAGGUGUGUGAUCUGACCUACAGAUAAACUCUAAUUUUUUUCCAUUUUUUUAGUUUGAUGCAACCCAUCUGGGCUGUUGCACUUUUUUUUAGAUCCUGACAAUUCUGGGCUCUCUGAAAGGAGAAGUAAGCCAGGGCACCACUGGGAGCCAGUAACUCCUGACUUCUCACUGCAUCUCUGGCUGUGAAGCUGUCAGUCCCUGUUGUUAUUGUUAUCUCUUUGCAAGACAGCCCACAGCACACCAGGCUCUUCUCAGACCAGAACAGCCAAACUGUUCAAGUGUCUCUGCAUCUCACAAAGAGGCAACAACAGCAUUUGAGGAAAUUUGCAGAUUCUUUAGAGUUACAAAUCACUUCCCUUUCCUCUCUUCUCACUUUUCAUUAAUUAAAGCUUGUAGGCUGUGUACAAGAAUCCAAUUCAUGGGUCUGUUUAUGUUUAAGCAGGCAGCAAUGAAGAUUGCUAUUUAACAGUUUCCCAUUCCAAUAAGGAAUUUCAAAGUGAACACAGACCAAGAGUAAAUGCUUUCUUAUGUGAAUAAAGUUGUAAUAUAGGUCCCUGUACUUCACUAAAUCAAUAAGAGAUUUCUGUACUGCUUC